ACGUGUACAAAAUGGCGGCGUUUCUCCGUGCUAGUGGUCGAGUUUGUAGACAAAUUGUCUUGUAUGCAGCAAGAAAUCAGCAUAGUUAUCUAAGGAAGCUACAGAGUCCUACUUCUUUCUACACAGAAAGCUUAAUUUUUCCUCGUUUAACGUCUGUUCGGCCAUUUUCUGAUGUCAUAUCGGAAAAUGAAGUCGAGGCAGAAGUGCAAGMAAGCUUUGAAAGAGACUCUGAAAGAUUGAAUCUAGAUAAAAGGCCACCAAAAGAUCGGAUUAUGAGAAGUGCACAGUACGAAAGAAUGUUACAUCAACUUGGUGGAAUGACAGCCAAAGGAACCCUCUUACAGUUGCUUGACUCUAUUUUGGCAAUAGAAGGAAAAUUCACUCAACUUCAAGCUUACCAGAUGUUGAGAAACUGUGGUAAAGAAUUGAUUUAUGAAAGUCCACAAGGCAGAACUGAUACAGCGCAUGUUAUUUGGGAUAAACUUAUAGACAAUGGAGUACAACCUGACAUCAUGAUGUACAAUGCUCUGUUGUCGGUUUACCUUCAAAAUGACUAUGUCUUUAACCCAGAGGAGAUAUUAGAGCAAAUUCAAAAUGCUGGACUUGAACCUAAUUUGAUUACAAUGACCUUGAUUAUCAAAGGAUUUGGUGAAAAAGGAGACAUUGGUGGAGUGUUGAAAGUACUGGAGUUUAUGAAGUCAGCAGAGAUGCCAGUCACUGAACCAGUUUAUUCAGCAUUAAUUACAGCAUACUGGAAAUCAGGGGAUAUGGAAAGUGCCAAAGGAGUAUUUGGUAUAAUGAGUGAAAAUGGUUUAGAGCCAGGAAUUGACAGCUAUACAACAAUAUUGAGGGCAUAUGCAGAAGAUGGUAACUUAGAGGCUAUUGAUGAGACAAUAUAUGAGAUGCAAGAAAAGAAGAUAUAUCCAAACCACACUGUCUAUCUUUCACUAAUUGAUGUUUUUGGCAAAUGUGGGAAAAUUGAUGUGAUUCCAAAGAUACUUUCAAAACCAACUGUGAAAAGAUUGGUUGAACCAGACUUGCUAUCCAUGAUGAUCGCAAUGGGGGGUCGUGGUGAUGUAGAUGUUGCCUUAAAACUCAUGGACUUUGUCCCUAAAGACAACAUUUCUUCUCAUUUUCAAUCUCCACAUGUGCUUCUUCUUAAACAAGUGAUCAUUUCUAAUCAGCCAAUAGAUAAAGUCAUGAAGGUCGUUGAUGUGAUCAACAAGCAAGGAGUAAUGAGAAAUGUUUAUGAAAAAGCUCUUGACCUGUCAUAUGGUACCAGACAACCAGAAUUGUCAACAACAAUAAUCAAGGAGAUGCUUGCCAAGAAUAUUGUUGUCAAAGAGCAUUAUUUCUAUCCUGUACUUGCAUCGUAUGCUCAAAACAUGGAUACCAAAGGUAUUAAAGAAACAAUGUCAUUAAUGGCAGGAAAUGGUUUUAAUAUUGACCCGAUUAGUUUGAGUUUUAUCGCCAAAACCUUUGGUCAGUCUGAAGAUGUUUGUGUUGAUGAUGUCCUUAAGCUUAAAGAGGAAGUACCACUCUCGUCCUCUCUUCUGAGGAUGCUUACUCAAGUUGUAAUGAAGUCUGGAAAUGUUGAAAAACUAGAUGGYAUCUUUGAGUAUGCAGAGGAAAAUGUUCAAGACAAGACUUUCUUUCCUCGGGCUUUUGUAGGAACAAUGACAAGAUCAUUUGAUCCAGACCUUGCAGUAAAAAUUCUCUUGAAGAUGAAGGGAAAAGAUUUUACUUAUCUAUUUCCUAUGUACAUCAGCAACUUAUUGGAUAAUUUGCAGCAAGACGAUAAAGCAAGGACUGGUGCACAAUUCAUUUGUAUGAUGCUUAAGCAAGGUCUACAAGAUUUCCUUGACUCAAGAAGUUACACUGCCGUCAUGAAAUAUCUCAAUUAUAAUCAGCUUUUUGAUGAGUUUUCUCAGCUAAUACAAGUGAUGAAAGAGCAUAAAAUACCACUUGAUGAACACCAGUACAGACAAAUGAUAAGGAUGUUUACCUAUAUUGGAGAAAGCAGGGCAGCUCAGUUCUGUUUUGAUGGUUAUAAGAAAUUAGCAGAGCCUGAUGAAAAUAUGUAUAGCUUUCUCAUAUCAGCAUACGGCCAUUGUAAAGAUGGUGGAGUUUUGUCAGAGCGUCCCAAUUUAAUUCAUGCCAAAACAAUUGUAAACAUUUAUGAAGAGAUGCAAAACCUGGGUUUUGAACCUACAUUAGUUAGAUCCAAAGUCUACAUCCUCCUAUCCUACGCUGCAUUGAGGAACUUAGAGAAAGCUGUAGCUCUAAAAAAAAAAUUUGGGCAUCUUGAUGUUACCCUGAGUCUUGCUUACAGACUAGAAAAAUCUUUCUUAAAGGCUUUUGCUCAAAAGGGUGAUACAGAGAAUGUACUUAAAAUACUUGAUGGAAUAAAAGCUUCAAAGAAUCUGAAUAUAUCAGAAUAUUUUUACAGCACCGCCAUUGGAGCGUAUAAAUUCACAGGAGAUAUUGAUUCACAGCGAAAACUUUUUAAAGAGAUGGUUGAGAAUGGUAUGAAACCAACACCCUUUACCUAUGAUGAAUUGCUUGCAACWUAUAUCAUAAAGGAGGACAUCGACGGUGCCUUACAGAUCGUAGAAGAAGCAAAAGAAAAUAAUGCCUAUCCGACAUCUAAUGCGUGUAUACAGUUAGCAAAUUUAUGUGGAAGAAUUGCUCCUGAAAAGCUAGAUAAAGUGGUUAAUGAUAUAAUUGAGAACAAAGCUAGAAAACUAUCUGAAGGUUCUCACUCAUUCCUUCUUCAUGGAAUGGUAUUUGCGAGUGUUAACAAUGGAAGGAGGGACUUGGCGGAACAGAUAAUGCAGAUAAUACCUGGACACAACCAAAACGAGUAUGGAAAAGCAGCUAAUUCAUUUGCCAAUCGAGGUGAUUUUGAAGCAGUUUUGAAGUGCCAUCAGUUUUUGGACGACAAGAAUUUACGAAGUGAAGCACUUUUGAUACCUUUGAUGCGUGCUCAUGAUGUCAAUGGCAAUUUCGAAGCUAUCAGGGAGGUCUACAACAAGUAUAUUGCUGGCACUGGUCGUAAACCGUGGGAUGGUCUUAAAAAAGUUCUGAUUGUAUUAUUUGAUAAAUAUAAUCAAGAAGUUCCUUUCGAAAUACUAAGUUCUGACCACAAUUGGCAAAGAUCACCAAUAGCUGCUGAAGAGGUCGGGGAUGAUGCAGAAAUUAACGGUAACGAGGAAAACAUGGAUGGCCAAGCAACCUAAAGACAGUUGACAAAGUUUAAAUCGAAGAGCGAUUUUUAUAGCCUCGUAGAGUAUGUCCAACUUGAGCUUAUAUGAUUAAAAAUUUCUCUGAUAACAUAGCCAAACGAAAAAAACAUUAUACUUUAUUAUGUAAAAUAGCUUUARUGGGUGUAUCGCCAUUUCAAUGUUUUGACGCUGAUAAACGAAUGGACUUUUGAAGCUUUUACGUUACCUAUUUGAUUUGCAUUGCAUUAUGGGAUCAGUUUCUGGAGGAAACAAAAAAAAACAUCCUACAAUGCAUUGCGUAUACGUUAUGACGUAAAAGCUUCAGAGGUCAAUUACAACAAAGACUAGCCUGCGUGCAGGCGUUCCUCCCCCAACGAGGAACGUCCCCAACGAGGAACGUCCCCAACGAGGAACGCCCCAAUGAGGAACGCCCCCAACGAGGAACGACUGCACGCAGGCUAACAGCGGUUUGAGAUCAAAGAUUUCUAAUAUCAACAUUAUUAGUGAAAUGCGUGUAUUCUCGGUCUGUAUAAAAUCAGACAAACUACUUGCUUUUGAAUGUAUUUUGUUUUGUAUUUAGAGCCAACAUUAAACAUGGUCCAUUCUCGUA